AUGAGGACAGACAGGCCCCUGAUGAUUGUUCCAAUGAUUGCAGCUAAACUGCAUGAGGUGCACCAUGAUGGUACCUCUGAUUGCAUAGGAGAAAAGAAAGAAAGCUAUAUCACAUAUUGUGAUUUUAAUGACAACACAAGGCCACUAUGUGACUGGAAACAGCAUUGUGAAGGCCAAGACCAUGGAGACUGGAUAAGGGCAAAAUCUUCCACACCAAGUCAUACCACUGGUCCUGAUGGAGAUUACCCAGAUGGAAAUGGCUAUUAUCUCUACCAAGAAGCCACCAACUUUAUCCCUAAUGACGCAGUCAGACUUGAUAGCCCAAAACUUGACAUUAGCAAUGAUGUAUGUGUAGAAUUCUGGUACCACAUGUCAGGUUCUGAAACACAGAAUGAACUCAGAGUCCUAAUCCUUGAUGAAAAAGGUCAAACAGUCUAUUGGAAACAAACUGGGGCCCAGAGUUCUUACUGGUUAUAUGGCUAUUUCACUUACCAACCAAAGCAACAAACGUCUAUUCAGGUCCUAUUUGUAGCUGUUCGGGGGCUAACAGAAUAUGGUGAUACAGCUAUAGACAAUAUUGGUGUGAAAAAUGGACCUUGUGGUAAGUACUCAUAUACUUGGGGGUAAAAUUAUAGUUUUUCAUCUCUGCCCAGCUCUUGCUCUGGAUUAAAUUUUCUGAGGUACAAUAUGAUAAAUAAGAAAUUUGCUUCCAUUAAUA